AUGAGCGAGCUGGGCACACACAAGGCCAGCGAAGGCACCGAGUCUCGCCUGCUCCAUGUGGUGGAAAGUGAGCUGCAGGCCGGGAGGGAAAAAGGCGACCCCACGGAGAAGCAACUCCAGAUCGCCCUGGAGGAUGCACCCCUGUGGCAGAGAUUCAAGGAAGUCACGAAUGAGAUGAUCGUGACCAAGAAUGGCAGACGGAUGUUCCCCGUCCUGAAAAUUAGUGUCACCGGACUGGACCCCAACGCCAUGUACUCCCUCCUGCUGGACUUCGUCCCUACGGACAGUCACCGCUGGAAGUACGUCAAUGGGGAGUGGGUGCCCGCGGGCAAGCCGGAGGUCUCCAGCCACAGCUGCGUCUACAUCCACCCCGACUCCCCCAACUUUGGGGCCCAUUGGAUGAAGGCUCCCAUCUCCUUCAGCAAAGUGAAGCUGACCAACAAGCUGAACGGAGGUGGGCAGAUAAUGCUGAAUUCUCUGCAUAAAUACGAACCCCAGGUCCACAUAGUGCGCGUGGGAGGGGCCCACCGCAUGGUAAUGAACUGCUCCUUCCCGGAAACCCAGUUCAUAGCCGUGACUGCCUAUCAGAACGAGGAGAUCACAGCUCUCAAAAUCAAGUACAACCCUUUUGCCAAGGCCUUCUUGGAUGCCAAGGAAAGGAACCACCUAAAAGACAUUCCGGAGGCUGUCGCCGAGGGCCAACACGUGGCCUAUUCUCACUUGGGAGGCUGGAUCUUCUCCAACCCGGAUGGUGUGUGCGCAGCGGGAAACAGCAGCUACCAGUACGCAGCUCCUCUGCCCCUGCCUGCGCCCCACACCCACCUCGGCUGCGAGCACUACUCAGGCCUCCGAGGACACCGGCAGGUGCCCUACCCCUCUGCCUAUGUGCACAGGAGCCAUUCUCCCUCAGUGAACUUGAUAGAAAGUUCAAGCAACAACCUGCAAGUGUUCUCAGGACCCGACAGCUGGAAUUCUUUGUCCUCCACUCCUCACGCCAGCAUCCUGUCUGUGCCCCACACCAGUGGACCAAUCAAUCCAGGGCCCAGCCCCUACCCGUGCUUGUGGACCAUCAGCAACGGAGGCGGAGGUCCUGCAGCCUCGGCCGCGGAGGCCCAUGCCGGCGGCGCUGGGGCGUUUCUGCUCGGAAACCCAGCGGUGACUUCGCCCUCGGCCGCGGAGGCCCAUGCCGGCGGCGCUGGGGCGUUUCUGCUCGGAAACCCAGCGGUGACUUCCAUUGCGGUGUCCACCUGGACGGCGGUGGCCUCGCAUCCCUUGCCGGGCUGGGGUGGCCCGGGAGGGGCGGGGCGCCACUCUCCCUCCUCUGUGGACAGCUAGGAAGGAUCCGCGUAGCCCCCUGGCAGAGGACCCUGGAUGUGUGCGGCCUGAGAAACCUGGCAGUCCUCCUGGCGGCAGGCCGAUGUCCCAUCUCCCGCCGCUUUCCUGCGCACUCCCACGUCCACCGGGCUUAGCCCUGCCGCACUUGGGCGAUGAAAACCCAGCGAAUCCCUUCUCGGUCCCCCGCCCCCUUCUUUUUUCUCUGACCGUGGUGUGAAGCUGUACGCUCAGAGUUCACCCCGCAAGGCCACUGCCUCCUGUCUUCUGCGACCCAGCAGAGUGUGUGUGGCCACAGGGCCCGGGAUGGCUUCUGCCCUGGGACCAGGCAGAUGCGAGCGAGUGCGGUGGAUGCGGAGACGCAGCCGGUCCUGUGCUGAGUGGUGUGUGUGGAGCCGAGGGGAUGAGGCCCUCAGAUCUGGUUCCGCCAAGGAGGCUCACCCUUUUCCCAGCCUUGGCUCCCUCUGUCAGCCUGUACUUCCUGUUCCACCCAAAGCAUUUGUGCUCACUGCCCCUUCCCUCUGGACGCCUCCCCCAGGGCCUGGGUCCCUCUCUCCCCAGUUCACCUGUGCGGUUCUACCCACCCCCCAGGGCCCCGUGGAACAGCGCUUCCGUGGUGAAUCACCCGGGCUGGUGAAUCUCCCUUCCCCAGCGCCUGCUCUCCUGCGUAUUUGCCCUGUCACAGAGCUCACCUCCCUCUGUUGCGGGUUUGUGUGAGCCUGGCCUUCCCGUCUUUGUGCCCCGCAGCACCCUGCACCGUGC